AUGCAAUAUUGUGCAGGUUAGUGACGCUGGGGUUGAGGGGUUUGUACGAGAAAAUAGAAGAAAAGUCAAUGUUACUGAGAAUUUGUAAUUACAUGUAACAACAAGUGCUGAAAAGAAAAUAGAAUACCUUAUUAUUUAUUUGAUAAUUAAAAGUGCUCAACCUCAAGUAACUGCCCACCUCCAAUAACCCUCCACCUUAUAGGCAGAAAAAAAUGAAUUAUCUCCUAACCUCGCAUAAGUGCCUACCCCAUACCAGCUAGAUUGAAAAAGACUAAGUUCUACUAAAUUAAGAGACCAAGUUUUCUUAGUACAGUAUUUUAAAGAAAUUUUCAAUGAACAGUUAAAAAUCUGCUUUGGAACUCAAACAAAAUUACUCUAUCUCCAACAAAAUUACUUUUGGUGAAAACUUUGAGAAUUCAUUAAGCACCCAGCCCAAAUACACGUAUUAAAGUGACCAACUUGAAUAAUAACCCACUCUCAAGGUGCAAAACUUUAGUGAGCACCCAGGCAAGGCACUUAAUCAAAUAAAUAUGGUAUUUUGUUUUGGGACCUCUUCAUUGGAGUGGUACAUGCAGUCGCGUUUUCCAGUAGGUGUAGUGCUUGAUCUAUAAACACCCAAGCUGUUUUAUGAAAACUGCAUUGACAAAAUAGAUUUGCAAUUAUUGAGAAUCUAUUUUAUACCAAUACAGCAUUACAUUUCAUUUCACCCUUCAUUAAUUCGGCUUUGCUUUUUCAAAAACACUGUAUCGCAGCUCCAGGUUUUGUCCAAAUUACCUUUAGUUAAAAUUUUUUGUGCAUUUAAGAUAGACAAUAUUAUUUUGGACUACUGUGCAAAUUAACCUUUUGAAAAAAUAAUGUAUGAAAUAGCUGUGUACGUAUGAUCUGAAGAUAGUUUAUCUUCAGUGUAUAUGUAAACUGCUUUUAAUAGAGCUUUUUACCGAUACAGCAGCCAUAUUUAAUUAAUUCGAUUUAAGGAGUAUUAUAGGAUGCCCUGGGGGCAUGAGCACAUUUAGUUUGUAUUUUGGAGUGCUUUUCAGGACAUUUUUUCGUAAAGUUUUCUUAGAAUAAGAUUGUGAUGGGAAAAAAGAUUCUUGUGCCCUGUUUGGAUGUAAUAAUGAUCGCCUUUUUCUAGUUUAGCAUUAGAAAUAUGGUCUUUCACAGUAUAUUUCUCGGGAAAAAGGUGAUCAUGAUUACAUCCAAACACGGCACAAGGAUCUUUUUUCCCAUAAGAAUCUUAUUCUAAGAAAACUUUAAGAAAAAAAUGUCCCGAAAAGCACUCCAAAAUACAAGCGAAAUGUGCUCAUGUCCCCUGGGCAUCCUAUAAUACUCCUUAAAUUGAAUUAAUUCAAUAUGGCCACCGUAUUGGUAAAAAGGUCUACUAGUACCCUUAUUUUAUUCGGCUGCUGAUAAUAAGAGCAGGUAUGUCAAUGCCAGAAAUUUCAAACCCAUUGAAUUUAUUGGGUGGCAACAAGCUACAUUAAACUUCAAGGGCACUUUGGAGGAUUCUUGCUGAUCUCAGCAAGACUGUUCUUUGAAGUGCAGUGCCAACUCAAUCCCAGAAUUAUUUAUGUUUUUUCAGUUAAACCUCCAGGUCUUCAGAAUAGUACCCAGUGCUCCAAAACAAAAGGGGCAACUUUUACACCUGCAUCUUCCACAAGUAGUAUCUUCAUGCCAGAUGAAGAUACUAAGUCUUGUUGACUAUAUUUGUUGUUGAUCUCUUGUUCGAUGUCCACCCUUUUGUCACAAGGACAUGCAAUAUCAGUGAUGAGGCAAUUUUUGUUCUGUUGGUCCACACACACGAUGUCAAGGCGAUUGUGAUCCAGUUUCAUUUCUGUUUAUAUACAGAAAUCCGAAAGAAAUUUGAAAGUCUUAUUAUCCUUAACAUCACAUUAUUAUUAUCAUUAUUAUUGUUGUGGUUGAUGAUGUUAUUAUAAGCAUGGGUAGUAAAGAGGUUCAUACACAUGUACAAAAAUAAACUACCUUAACCACUAUUUUGGGCACUAAUUUGUGGUUAUUGCUCACUUUUUUCAAUGACUGUGCUUUGCAGAUUUUAGUAAAACAGAUGAAGGUGCGAACAGAUGGUUAAGGAGACCCUGCAGCAGCUAGAUGCCAGCUCCUUGAUUAAUUCUUUCAAACCCCAGAGUUUAAGGAGAUCCACCUACAAGCCAAGCACCCUUUAGUUCACAUGCAUGGCCAUUGUCGUUGAUUAGCAGUGGAGUUAGUUGUCACACCAGUACAUCCUCCUCCACUGCAGCCUCCCUCCCCACAUUCUCCUUUACUGUAAGGAGUGGCAGUGAUGAUGGACAUAGGAUGGAGAAUGGAUGGAUUACUCUCAAGUUGUUGCCAUUGUUUGAUUAA